UGCUAGUUUGCGUUCUCUGCUCACUUGUCAGCUCCUAUCCUAUCAUUCCCACACAAAACCCACGAAGGCGCCGCCACUGCUUGCUCAGGCGCGCCAUGUCUCCGGUGAGAGUAAUCCACGCGAGCUACGUCGACGUGCCGGCAACCGCCAUGGUGUCACCAGAGCCGAUCAAGCUCACCGCGAUGGAGGCGCAGUGGGUCGUCGUCCCGGUGCUGCAGCACGUCCUGCUGUACGAGGGCGAAGACUUACCGCACUUCGACCACGUUCUCCAGUCCCUCAGCUCCUCCCUGGCCGCGACUCUGCGCAGCUUCGCCCCGCUGGCCGGCAAGCUCGUGCACCUCGAAGGCACGGGCGACGUUGCUAUUGUCUGCUCCUCCUCGGACGGCGUCGGUUUCGUCGUCGCAGAGUCCGACGCCGACGUCCACCGCCUCGCCGGCGACGAGGAGCACGACGUGCGCGUGCUCGAGCGGCUCGCGCCGGAGGUGGACAUGGGCGAGCUGCCGACCCCCGUCCUGGCCGUGCAGGCCACGCGCUUCGAGGGAGGCGUGGCGGUCGGGGUGACGGUGCACCACGGCGUCGCCGACGGGCGGUCGCUGUGGACGUUCGUCGAGGCGUGGGCGACGGCGUGCCGAGGCGAGACGCGGGCGGCGACACCGUGCUUCGACCGCUCGCUCGUCAAGCUGCCUGGUGGCCAAGAGCUGGCCAGGAGCUUCUUGAGAAAGUACGCGCCAAAUCUACCAAAGGCGGCAUAUCCUGCGCCGCUCUUAGAGGACCAUGCACGGUUGACGCGCCGGACGUUCACCUUGGACGCGCGGGGCAUCCAGCGCCUCAAGGAGCGCAUCGUGCGUCUCGGCGAAGCCGACGGCGCGGCGCCGCCGUCCACCUUCAUCGCGGUCGUCGCGCUCGCCUGGACGUGCUUCACCCGGUGCAAGCCGUUCGCCUCGGACGACGACGUGAUGGUCGGCUUCCUCGCGGAUGCACGCCACCGCCUCGACCCUCCGGUCGACGCUGGAUACUUCGGCGCGUGCCUCACCGGAUGCAUCGCGAGCCUCCCCGCGCGCGAGCUCCACGGAGAGCACGCCCUGGCGGCCGCGGCGCGGGCGGUGCAGGAGGAGGUCCGGAAGAAGACGGAGGACCCGAUGGCCGGGUGCGAUUUCCUGGCACCGGCGUUCACGGUCGCCAUGGAACGGCUGAUGAACGUGUCUGGCGCGUCGAGCUUCCGGGCCUACGAGCUGGCGGACUUCGGGUGGGGCAGGCCGAGGCGGACGGAGAAUACCAGGAUGAACCGCGACGGCCAGGUGGCGCUGAUGCGCGCCAGGGACGGGCUGGGAGUGCAGGUAUCCGUCUCGCUGCUCGAACCGGCGCAAAUGGCCGAGUUCAAGUCUCAGUUGCUCGAGUUAGUCGGUUAAAUGUGAGGGAGCACUCCUCCAUUUAUUUUUACUUGGUAUAUAAAAUUUGUCCGAAACCGUAAAGUUUUAAAAGUACUCCAUCCAUUUCAAAAUAUAGUGCACCAGCGCUUCCCGAGGUCCAACUUUAACCAUAAAUUUAAUCAACGAGACCAACUGCGGCGGUAGAAAAAAUUAUACAAUAAAAAACUUCUUUCGAAUACGAAUUCACUGAUAUAAUUUUUGCUCCCGCCGCAAUCGGUCUUGAUAGUUAAAUUUACGGUCAAAGUUGAAGCACGGGGAUAGAGGAAGCACUACAUCAUGGAAUGGAGGGAGUAUAUGUAAAAAUAUAUAAUUAUUUAUUUAUAAAAUACUAAAAUUAUACAAUAUGAAGUACUACACAUUAUGUUCUAAAGUUAUACAAUAUGAAGUACUACACAUUCUGUUCUGUUUUGCAACGGCUAGUCCCGACUCCACUGAGAGCCUCUGUUUUAGAUAUCACGUUUGACAAAGCUUUACUAUCCGGAUUUAUUAGUCCCCUUUGUAUUUUGGAUUCUAGUUUGACCAUGUAUUUAACUAGGAAUGUAUAAAGUAUAUGCUACCAAAAGUAUAUGAUUGGAUUUGUAUA